GCCCCGCUGCCCCGCUGCCCCGCUCGAGCUGGACGGCGGGCCGGUGGGUCCCGCGCUAUGGGGCGGCUGGUGGCCGUGGGCUUGCUGGGCAUAUCGCUGGCGUUGCUGGGCGAGCGGUUCCUGGCGCUCAGAAAUCGACUCAAAGCCUCCAGAGAAGUAGAAUCUGUAGACCUUCCCAGCUGUCGCCUGAUUAAAGGAAUUGAAGCUGGUGCCGAAGAUAUUGACAUCCUUCCCAAUGGCCUGGCGUUCUUCAGUGUGGGCCUGAAAUUUCCAGGACUUCACAGCUUUGCACCAGAUAAGCCUGGAGGAAUAUUGCUGAUGGAUCUGAAUGAAGAAAAGCCAAAAGCAAAGGAAUUAAGAAUCAGCCGAGGGUUCAAUUUGGCAUCAUUUAAUCCGCAUGGAAUCAGCACUUUCAUAGACAGCGAUGACACAGUUUAUCUCUUUGUUGUAAACCACCCGGAUUUCAAGAACACUGUGGAAAUUUUUAAAUUUGAAGAGGAAGAGAAUUCUCUUUUGCACCUGAAAACAAUUAGGCAUGAGCUUCUUCCAAGUGUGAACGAUGUCAUAGCUGUUGGACCAGCCCAUUUCUAUGCCACGAAUGACCACUACUUCACAGACCCUUUCUUAAAGUAUUUGGAAACAUUCUUGAACUUACACUGGACAAAUGUGGUUUACUAUAGUCCAAAUGAAGUCAAGCUGGUUGCAGAAGGCUUUGACUCAGCCAAUGGGAUCAACAUGUCACCUGAUAAAAAGUAUAUCUAUGUUGCUGAUGUGCUGGCUCAUGAAAUUCAUGUAUUGGAAAAACAACCCAAUAUGAAUUUAACUCAAGUAAAGGUUCUGCAAUUGGAUACACUGGUGGACAAUUUAUCUAUUGAUCCUUCCUCAGGGGACAUCUGGGUAGGCUGCCACCCUAAUGGCCAGAAGCUCUUCGUGUAUGACCCGAGCAAUCCUCCUUCGUCAGAGGUUCUCCGCAUCCAGAACAUUCUAUCUGAAAAGCCUUUGGUGACUACAGUUUAUGCCAACAAUGGAUCUGUCCUCCAGGGAAGUUCUGUGGCAACUGUGUAUGAUGGGAUACUUCUUAUAGGCACUUUGUACCACAGAGCCUUGUACUGUGAACUCUAAAGUGCAUUGCAUCCAAGUGCAGUAUGUUCUAACAAAUAGUUUUCUGUGAAUUGUUGAUUCUGAGGGACAUUAACCAACAAUGUGGACCUAGAAAUAUAUGGCAUCUAUAGUGAAUUUUAUCUCAGAAAGAAGAAAAACCCUUGCAGUUCUUAGAGCAGAGCACUUUUAACAUCAAAGGAAAGGAACUUUUCCAUACAAUGCCAAGCCAGGGCGAGAGAAGGAAGCUGCUUGUCCAUAAAGAGAAUGCGCUUUGCCCAGUGUGAGCCUCCCGUUUGCCUUCCCUCUGCAAACAUGAGUCCACUGACAGGGUGAGGCCCAUCGCCUUUACCUCUGGGUUGACCUCAGCCCCACAUUGUGACCACUGUGAGUGUUCAGAACUACUGGUAGAUGGUGUGUUUUCAUAUUUUAUACUUACAUCUUUGUUUGUUGUUGAAAUCUUAGAAUAAUAUUAAAGACUAACCAAAA